AUGACUGGCGGAAAGUCUGGCGGCAAGGCUAGCGGCAGCAAGAAUGCGCAGUCUCGUUCUUCCAAGGCUGGUUUGGCGUUCCCCGUUGGCCGUGUCCACCGUCUGCUUCGCAAGGGAAACUACGCUCAGCGCGUCGGUGCCGGUGCUCCCGUUUACCUCGCUGCUGUUCUUGAGUACCUCGCUGCUGAAAUUCUCGAGCUGGCUGGAAACGCUGCCCGUGACAACAAGAAGACCCGUAUCAUUCCCCGUCACCUUCAGCUUGCUAUCCGCAACGAUGAGGAGCUGAACAAGCUCCUGGGUCAUGUCACCAUUGCACAGGGUGGUGUCCUUCCCAACAUCCACCAGAACCUUCUCCCCAAGAAGACUCCCAAGGCCGGCAAGGGUAGCCAGGAGCUGUGA